UCUCUUCCCCAUUUCGCUGCUUUGUUUUCAUUGUCGCUCUUUUGAUCAUGGCUGCUCAUUCUACCGAGGAACCGUUCCCCUUCCACGGGCUGCUUCCCAAAAAAGAAACCGGCGCCGCCUCUUACCUCACCAGGUUCCCCGAGUAUGAUGGCCGAGGGGUGCUCAUCGCCAUCCUCGACACCGGCGUGGAUCCCGGGGCCCCCGGCAUGCAGGUCACAACAGAGGGGAAGCCAAAGAUUGUCGACAUCAUUGAUACAACAGGCAGCGGUGACGUGAACAUGACCACGAUGGCCGAACCUAAAGAUGGGACAAUCGCCGCCCUCUCUGGCAGAACACUUAAGAUCCCUCCUGCCUGGGUCAAUCCAUCAGGGAAGUAUCGCAUUGGAGUUAAAAAUGGCUAUGAGUUCUUCCCUAAGGCUCUUAAAGAAAGAAUACAGAAAGAGCGAAAGGAGAAGAUGUGGGAUCCACCACACAGAGCAGCACUUGCUGAGGUCUGUCGCAAGACAGAAGAGUUUGACCUCACUCAUCCUACACCUUCACAGAUUGAGAAGUUGCAGAAAGAAGAGUUGCAGAGUCAGUCCGAGCUGCUAGCAUCACUAGAAAAGAAGUACAGCGAUCCUGGUCCUGUGUAUGACUGUGUGCUUUGGCAUGAUGGCAUCACAUGGAAGGCUGUCGUCGACACUUCAGAGUGUGGAGAACUGUCCCAGUGCACUGUACUGAGCUCAUACAGAGAGACACAAGAGUAUGCCACGUUAGGAAAUGCUGAGAUGCUUAACUACUCUGUUAAUAUUUAUGAUGAGGGAAACACACUCUGCAUUGUCACCAGUGGAGGCGCUCAUGGGACACAUGUGGCAAGCAUUGCAGCAGGUUACUUCCCAGAGGAACCUGAGCGUAAUGGUGUUUCCCCUGGUGCCCAAAUUCUGGCUGUGAAGAUUGGAGACACCCGCCUCAGCACCAUGGAGACAGGCACAGGACUCAUUCGCGCGAUGAUCGAAGUAAUCAACUACAAGUGUGACCUGGUCAAUUAUAGCUAUGGGGAAGCCACUCACUGGCCCAAUUCAGGGAGGAUUUGUGAAGUGAUCACAGAAGCUGUGCAGAAACACAAUGUGAUAUUUGUUUCAAGUGCGGGGAACAAUGGUCCCUGCCUGUCCACAGUCGGCUGCCCAGGAGGAACCACCAGCAGUGUCAUAGGUGUUGGAGCAUAUGUGACUCCCGAUAUGAUGGUGGCAGAGUAUUCCCUGAGGGAGAAGCUGCCUCCCAACCAGUACACCUGGUCGUCCAGGGGCCCCAGUACUGAUGGGGCUCUGGGGGUCAGCAUCAGUGCUCCUGGCGGUGCCAUUGCAUCUGUACCCAACUGGACCCUUCGUGGUACCCAGCUAAUGAACGGCACUUCCAUGUCAUCCCCCAAUGCCUGUGGAGGCAUUGCACUUGUCUUGUCAGGACUGAAACAGAAUGGGAUCACUCCCUCUGUUCCUGCUGUGAGGAGAGCAUUGGAAAACACAGCUCUGAAGGUCGAUGACAUUGAGGUGUUUGCACAGGGCCAUGGAAUAAUCCAGGUGGACAGGGCUUUAGACUACCUCACUCAGCAUGCCUCUUUACCCACGAGUCACCUGGGCUUCUCAGUAAGCGUGGGAACUCAGAGAGGCAUCUACCUCAGGGAUCCAGGCCAGAUUCUUGCACCUUCAGAUCAUGGAGUAGGCAUUGAACCCAUCUUCCCAGAGAACACAGGAAACUCUGAGCGAAUCUCUUUGCAGUUACACUUGGCGCUCACAUGUGCCGCCCCGUGGGUCCAGUGCCCCUCCCAUCUAGAGCUGAUGAACCAGUGUCGUCAUGUCAACGUCCGCAUCGACCCUGUGGGGCUGAGGGAGGGAGUGCACUACACAGAGGUGUGCGGGUAUGAUACAGCGGCACCUAGCUGUGGCCCACUAUUCAGAGUCCCAAUUACAGUCAUUAUCCCAGCCAAAGUGACAGAUAGUCGUAAUCAGGAAGUGUGCUUCUCAGACGUCCACUUCAGACCGGGCCAGAUCAGACGCCACUUCAUCACUGUUCCUCAGGGAGCCUCCUGGGCAGAAAUCACACUGACCUCUCAUUCAGGAGAUGUGUCGUCAAAGUUUGUUCUUCACGCAGUGCACCUGGUCAAGCAGAGAGCCUACAGAGCUAAUGAGUUCUACAAGUUCUCCUCACUGUUGGAAAGAGGCUCACUAACCGAAGCUUUCCCCGUUCUGUCGGGUAGAGUAGUAGAAUUUUGCAUUGCACGCUGGUGGGCGAGCCUGGGUGAAGUCACGGUGGACUACAGCAUCUCAUUCCAUGGACUCAACACCUCUCCUUCACCGCUGCACAUACAUGCUUCAGAGGGAGUGACGAGUUUCGAUGUGUCAUCGCCGCUGAGAUAUGAGGAGGUGUCCCCGACUAUCACCCUCAAGUCAUGGGUUCAGCCCUUGAGGCCCUUAAGCUCAAAGAUAAAAGCCUUGGGAGUGAGAGAUGUUCUGCCUAACAACAGACAACUUUACGAGAUUGUCCUCACCUACAGCUUUCACCAGCCUAAAACUGGAGAGGUUACACCCAGCUGUCCAAUGCUGUGUGAGCUGCUGUAUGAGUCUGAGUUUGACAGUCAGCUCUGGAUGCUGUUUGAUCAGAACAAGAGACUGCUGGGCUCAGGGGAUGCUUACCCACACCAGUAUUCUCUGAAGCUGGAAAAGGGAGACUACACUGUACGUCUGCAGGUUCGCCACGAGCAGUCCACUGAGCUGGAGCGCCUUAAAGACCUGCCGUUCGUGGUUUCUCACCGUUUAUCCACCACCCUCAGUCUGGAUGUGUACGAGACACAUCGCGCUGCCCUCAUGUCCAAGAAGAAGGCAAACUCUGUCACCUUGUGCCCGGGGGCUACCCAGCCUUUCUACGUCACGGCCCUGCCAGAUGACAAGAUCCCCAAGGGAACGAGUCCAGGAUGCUACCUAUCAGGUUCUCUCGUUGUACCCAAGAGCGAGUAUGGCAAGAAAGCUGGGCAGGCCUCUGCAAAACGACAAGGAAAGUUUAAAAAGGAUAUUGUUCCAGUCAUCUAUCACUUAAUUCCUGCUCCCAACAAAACAAAGAAUGGAGGGAAGGAGAAAGACAAAGAAGGAGACAAAGAGAAAGACGUCAAAGAGGAAUUUGCCGAAGCCAUGAGAGAUUUGAAGAUUCAGUGGAUGACAAAGUUGGACUCCAGCUCCAUCUAUGAUGAACUGAUGGAAAAUUACUCUGAUUACCUUCCACUACAUGUGCAAAGACUACACCAGCUGGACUCAGAAAAGGAGCGUGUAAAACGUCUCAGAGAGGUGGGGUCGGCGGCAGACAUCGUCAUCUCACACAUCGACCAAACAGCCUUGGCUGUUUACUUCACCAUGAAGACAGACCCACGGCCGGAAGCUGCUUCUAUCAAGACUGACAUGGAGAAGCAGAAGUCAUCUCUGCUGGAUGCUCUGUGCAGGAAGGGCUGUGCUCUGGCUGACCAGCUCCUGCUGCCUCCUGCAUCACAGGACGGCGCCAGUGCUGUUGCCACGGGACAAACAGCAGCAGAGGAGGUUGUGGAGCAGGUGGCCAGCAGCUCUGACGACACCCUGCAGAAUGUAGCCAAAGCACUCACGGAUGUGUUUUGGGAGGUGCAGAAGUGGGCGGAGCUAACUGACUCCAAGGUGUUGAUGUUUUCAUAUAAGCAUGCUCUGGUGAACAAGAUGUAUGGCCGAGCCUUAAAAUAUGCGUCAAAGAUGGUGGAGGAGAAGCCCAGCAAAGAGAACAUGAAGAACUGCAUCCAGCUCAUGCGUCACCUCCGAUGGACACACUGCGCUACCUUCAGUGAGAACUGGCUACCUGUCAUGUACCCCACAGACUACACACCGUUCUAGACGCAAACAAACAAACACACACACACGUGCAUGCAUAGGCAGCAUGGCGACACACGGUCCAUUACGUGGUAACUUUGAUAUCAUGUCCCUCAGGGUCACAUGGUCUAUGCAUCUGACCAACCAGCUGCCUCCUGAGACUUUUUGUUGUUUUGUUUUGUUUUUCAAAUACAAACGUGGGUGAACACCAAAAUAAAGGAUAGCACCGAGUUAAAAUGGUUUAUUGCACUUGACACCUUGUGAAGUGGAGGAGGUUUGUUCAGAGGUUACCUGUAAAUGUCUUGCUGAGUGUCACAGCUCUCUGUCUCAGCUGUUCAUUUGAAUGUUGCCAACAGAAAAACAAUAGUCAGUUAAAAUGUUUAACGCUCUAAACUCACCGAGACUAGUUGACACUGUAGCGGUGGUGUCUUUGUUCGGUGUUGUCCUUUAUUUUGUUGUCAUCUACUAAUUUGUAGGCUUUUACAUCCACCCAUGCUCAACUGUCCAGAAUCCAUAUCAUAUAAAUAACUGUAAAUACUGUAAAAAAGGGCCAGUGUGGACUCCAGUGAUGCAUCCCAAGUCUUUAAAAAGUAACUGUGACCCCACUUAUGAAAACGGCAGAAAACUCAAAGCUAGUCAUUAUGAUACUGCAGUGAGAAGACAGGAGGACUGGCUGCUGCAAGAUGUUCUGACAUAGGAGGCCAUGCCGAGUCUGCCUGAUCCCUGAAUUAAAAGGGACAGAACGUGAUCUCCUUUUUCUUUCUUUUAAAAAAAAAAAAAAUUCCCAGCCAGGCGGGGUUGAUAAAGUUUAGUCUUGUCUGUCUCACGUCACAAAACAGUGUUGAGGUGCCUUUCUACAUGUACCUUACAUUUUCCGAUGGGAUGAAAAACAGCGCAAGGGUUUAGAUCGCAGGAAGCUGCGCAGUCAGUUGUGUCCGGCAACAGUCUGGUUGACUGUUGACUUGCAGUCAUUUCACCUAUCGAUCUUCGGUGUCGAAUGUGGUUUCAAAGCUCAAAACCGGCAGCAUGAUGUGUCCGUGCACUGUAUGCAGGCCGUCAGUGACUUGUUGGGUAACAGGAAGCCGCACUUUGUUGGCUCCCUCUUACUUCCAGAGGUGUUGGCCACCUGCUUCACGCUGCAGUUACCUGAGCGGCACGCUUGACGACCACCUAACAGACCUCACUAACAUAAUGAUGCAGUUGUGGGCAGCAGUGAGAUGUUCAGGUCAGAUUUCACAGCCCAGUGUUCACACAGUAUUAGAGAUGUUUCUGUGCAGCAUUCAGAAUGUUGCACUUGUACACAGUGUCAUAAAAAGAAAAAAAUGUACAUACACACGUAACAUACAGAAUAUUAAGAUGCAAUAGGUAUAUAAUACAAAUAUUAUUCUAAUUGAUGUAUUUUGCAUAUAUGCAUGUCUUCUAGGAUGUAAGGAAAAAUACUUUUAUGUGGAAGCAGAUUUUAGUUUGUUUCAAUUUGAAAGAUUUUUAAUCUGAGGCGAGAUACUGACAAUAAUCCACUGUUAUUUUCAUGGGUGUGUGUUUGUGAAUGACUUUACAUGUACUCGUGAGCAUAUUUUCUGUACGUGAACAUUUUUCCCAACAGAAAUGAAACAUUUAGAUGGGGGAGGGGUGGGUUCUUCAGAUACCUUAUUUGCUUUAGAGGACCGCGCAAGUGUUUUUGCCUGUUUUCACUCAUUUAACACAAAUCACAUACACUUUACAUCACAGCUAUUGUUUAACGUGUUAUGGGAUUUUUUUUUUUUUUUUAAUGACUGAUCCAUAUGUGCAGGAAGCCAUAAUCAUUGUUUCUUUUAUGUGUUUGCAAGAUCUCAGUUUAAAUUUCUGGCCAAUACCAAGUCUUGUCAACAUGGCACCUAUUAUCACAUUGAAAAUCAACAGCCAAGUGUUUGAUUCAAGAAUCAGGUUUGUUGUUGUAGUUGCAGCUUGAUCCUGAGAGAGCCGGUUUCAAAGGUCUGGUUACUUCCAGAUUUCUUUCAUUCUUAAACCUGUCAAUCAUGGUAACAGUUUUAGAAUAGCAAAAGGCUGUAUAUAACUUUGUUCCAUAUGUUUUCUCAUAUGUGGCUAUUUCCCAAAACCUGUGAAAAGGCUUUGAUGUGUAUAAUCUGUGGUGUUUUCCCUGUAUUUCUAGUUUUUGGAAAUUCAUGAAAGACAAUCGCUGUACAGAAUCAAAGGUAAAAUGUAAAGAUAAUGCAUGGUUUGCAAUUGAGGAGUUAAAACUUUCAAAAGCACCUGUUUGGUCCUAUAAAGUACUUCACCUGACUCUUUAACAAAUGGGGACGACAUAAUCAGUUUUUAUCUUUUUUAUAUUCAUGAUUUUUCUCACUUUUAAAUCGAUAAAGCAAAAAGUGUGAUUUUCUGUCUCAUCUGUAUCGUUAUCAGUUUAACCAAAGAAUGAUUUUUAGUGUUAAGCUGGUUUAAGUGUCAGCAGAAGCGUGAGGGCAUAACAAAUUUGAAUAGAAGAAGAAAAUAGGUUCUUCUCCAAGGAUGAGAUAUCAAUGUGGCUCUAGUUAUCAGUUUCAUCUUACACUGGUGUUGUUUUAAGCCCUCUCACCAGUGGAAGGUCCAUGCUCAAGAAUGUAAAAGCAGCUGCUUUGCAAGCCUCCCGUCCUCAUGGGAGUAAAGAGUCUUUUCUUGGAGUGAAACGGGGUGUCACAACUCGUGUUUACUCGGGGGUAAGAGCUCCCUGUGUUUCUCGUAUCACUUUCGGUUGCAGCCCCAGCACAAGCCUCUCCAGGUGCGCAGGGGUUUGCUGGGAUUAAUCGAGUUUCGACAGAAUUUGUGCACUUCUUUUGUUUUUUUCUUUUUCUUCCUCCUUGCUGUGUUUGGGUUUUUGUUCAGACAGAUCUAUCUCCAGUACACGUUGCCAAUGACAGUCUCUCCGAAAAUGGCCUUAACUUUCACCACGGGACUUUUGCCGUCCACUUCUGGCACCAAACAGACUUCUCAUAUCUGUCGCUCUCGCUCUGCUGGUGUCAGGAAAGACUUCAGAAAUUGCUUCUUAUGGAUGUUGAGUGUUUAUAUUUAUAGUCAUAAAAUCUAGUAAAUGCCAAUAUUUUAAAGAAUGUUGCGAGAAUAAGGUUGUAUGCUCUUAGUAUUAUUUUAUACCCAUUCUUCCACAGUGACGUGGGAAAGACCCAAACUGCUGUCACACUAUUUUGUGGUCACAUGGAAUUAAGUCACAAACCAGAAACAGGACACUGAAUAAAAAUGAUUUGGAAGAAUUAAAGUGUUCACGGGUCGUCACUUGUACGUACGGCGGAUAAGAUUUUUAGGAGUCAACCCAUCUGACUGCAAUUUCUGUGCUUUGUUGUGUCUUGUAAAAUAAAUUGCACAUUGUGUGUUGCAAGAUAGUGACUGGUCAAGAACAUGCUGAGACAAAGGGUUUUCUUUAAAGUUAUUAUUUAUACCUGUGUGUAGAUAUAAAAAUGUUAAAAAAAAAAAAAAAAAUUCACAUGCCAAAAAUUGACAGACAUUUCAUAACGGACACAGACUCAGUGAGAUACGGUUACAUUAGAUUUUU